UGAUGACGACACGCCGGGACCGGAAGCCGGAAGCUGUGCAGAAGGGUGUUCCGCGUUCGCGGUGCGGGAGCGGUCAGCCGGGGUGGCGGGGCUGGGGCCGGCCGGGGCAGGCGGCUCCGCGCUCCGCACUGGGCCGCUGGGAGGGCGAUGACCGAGUACAAGCUGGUGGUGGUGGGAGCUGGCGGCGUCGGGAAGAGCGCGUUGACCAUCCAGCUCAUCCAGAACCACUUCGUGGACGAGUACGACCCCACCAUCGAGGAUUCGUACAGAAAGCAGGUUGUCAUUGAUGGAGAGACGUGCUUGUUAGAUAUUCUGGACACUGCAGGACAGGAAGAAUACAGUGCUAUGCGCGAUCAGUACAUGAGAACUGGGGAAGGAUUCCUUUGCGUGUUUGCCAUUAACAACAGCAAAUCAUUUGCUGAUAUUAACCUUUACAGAGAGCAAAUCAAGAGAGUGAAAGAUUCAGACGAUGUGCCGAUGGUGCUGGUUGGGAAUAAGUGUGAUUUGCCCACAAGAACAGUAGACACAAAACAGGCUCAAGAAUUAGCAAAAAGCUAUGGAAUUCCCUUCAUAGAGACAUCAGCUAAAACGAGACAGGGUGUGGAAGAUGCGUUUUACACGCUGGUGAGAGAGAUUCGGCAGUACCGGAUGAAAAGGCUGAACAGCAAUGAAGAUGGGAAUCAAGGCUGUAUGGGAUUGUCUUGCAUUGUGAUGUGAGAAGAUGCCAGGAAUACGUGGUUCAGAUGUAGCUGCUGGACAAGUCUCAAUGCUACUGUAUUGUCUCAUGCUGAUGCCCUGCAGUAUUUUGGUGCCAGCGACCAGAAUCUUGGUACCGGUUAAUUAGCACAGGAUCCUCUUCUGUGCUCCAUCUGAAGAAAACAUCUCUGGUAUCUACCUCCUUGCUCAGCUCACAGAGCAGUCACAUCUCUUGGUGUACUGGGAUUCUUUUCUAGCUGUGUUGUCUGGGUUUGUUCAAGAAGAAAACCAGUCACAAGAAAAGUGAAUUACAGAGACUAAAUGCUGUGAAAAAGAUCACACUUACCUCCAGAGUAAAAGCUAGAAGUGGCGUUUGACCCCUUUGCAUUGGAUUCAGAUUUGCGGUGUUGUCAGAGGAGUGGCAGAAGUAAUUUUGCCAUUAUAAAGGUUUCUGUCGCCAGUCGGGUUGGUAUCUGCUGUCUGUGCACCCACACAGUGUAUUUGCAACAUCUGCAUUGUGCCAGGAGUAUCACAUAACUGAUUAACUGAUCCUUUAUUUUUCUGUAAUAAAAAGGAGAUAUCUUCGCUAACUUAAGUGCCUGUUUGCUCAGAAGGUUUGAAGUUGUACUCUGUUCCCUUGGGCUGAGGAAAACCUCAAGGAUGAAUUUCUUGGGUGCUCAUUGUCUUGAGUAGGCAAGUUUUGUGUGGGUGAUCUCUUUCCAUGACAGGAUACUAAAAUGGGAAUUUGUAGUCUGGAAGAUUGAUCAGGCGUUCGUGAGACUCUCAGACUAGGGUGAGACACAUGCUACGUCUGUUCUCGAUCCAUCAAAAUGGAUCCAUCCACUUCUUUGCAUGUGGGACUGUGUAUAUUCUGUACUGGUUUUCUACAGCAUUUGGAUCUCUUUCAGGUUGGACCAAAUUAGUCAGCUGUUCAUUUUAACAUAACUGCCAAUAUUUAUGGACAAUUUCUUAUGGACCGAUAAUGAAUUUAGAAACUGGAGGUUACUUCGGGCAGCUGUUCCUCAGCUCUAUCUGUAACUUGCAAAUUACUGGGAGUUAUUUUCUGGAGAGCCUCCUUCCUUAUCACGGGAGGAGCGUGGGAGUUGAGGUUGACUGUAGUUGGGUCAAUGGUUGCCACGGAUGUAAGGUGCCCAGGCUGAGUGGAGAAGGCACUGAGCUCUAACAGAACACUGAGCUGACUUCUAAUUGCAGCAUCCUUGCAAAAUGAGGAAGGAAGCUCAGUGAUGUCUACACUGAAGAUGCACGUUAUACUGACAGCAGUUCUGGGUUUGUUGUAACAGCCUCAAAGGAGGACUGACGUACUGCGUGAGCUGUGAGUUCCUCCUAGAACACAGCACUGUCACCUCCUAUAAUUGGGACUCACAAGAGAGACCAACGCCUACCAGGUUCCUUGGUACCAUGGCCUUCUCUCGUUCUUGUGCCAGUGAUGCUGGAUUCUGUUCUGUGGUGUCAGACAGCUGCUCGUAGCAAAGCUGAAUUUCCACUUAGUCUGGUGAGAGAAUAAGGAGCCAUCAGCCAACAGAGGGAGCGCUCAUUCUGCUGGACCAGCGCGAGUUGUAGAAAUCACAAGAGGUGUAAUUUCAGUUUGUUGCUGUCAGGGUCCUAUAUUUUCUAAACUGAAAUCAGAAAUAAGUAAAUACUGAGAAAAUAAACUGUUGCUUUUAAUACUCUUUCCUCCACUAAUUACACUCUUAAUUUUCUUCUUGGGAUGCAGAGGGUCGAUCUGCAUAACAUUAUCUGUGAUACUCCUGAUAAGUAUUUUAGCAAUUCAUUUUAUCCUUGACUGAUGUGACUGCUAAGGAUUUAACACACAAUAUUUUUACAUAAAACAUGGUUUUCCAGUGACAUAGCGAGUGGUGGGAAGCAUUCUGGAUAGCACUGGCUGUGACUCGAGUUCAUUUGAAGGUGAUCUCCUGCCUGCAGGUUAAAUGGGACAGAAUCACGAUCACUGAGCUGUCUGUGAUCAGCAAGCAGUUUGUGGGUUUUUCUUACUGUGUUCUUUUUGCUCUGGUUUGGUGCAGGAAGAAUUCUAUGUGAGAGCAUUCUUUGAGGCGUGUUGCAGGAGCUGAUUUUGCUCCUUGGGUUGUGUGACGUACUGUUGUCCACGUAAUGGAAUUACAGAAAGAAAUAGCUUCUGGGAUUCACAUCUGGUCGCAUAAAUUCAGCGUUUUGGAAAGCUGUCAGUACGGAGUUCGCAUUAUGUUUGAGUGGUGAGUUCAUGCUGGGUCUGUUCAGCCUCUGGAUGAUCUGGGGAGAUGUGGAGCUUGUUCCCUGGCAGGCAGGAUCGGUUCAGAGCGCUGCUGCUUAUGGCUGAGGGAAAUCUCGCGGCUGGCUGUUGGUGUUUGAAGAUUUAGUGGCCAAGUAUGACAAUUAAAAAUACAUUUUGAAUGGAGAUUUGUCGUAACAACUCUCUACUUUGCGUGGCACGUCCUACUUAUUGAAAACGUACUAGCUGUAAAUCAAAAAAAGUUGUGAAUCUUCAGAAUAAUGCAGGAGCAGGCAGUUGUGUCUGCUUUCUUUUCAGCGUGUUCCCUUGGUCUUGGGCCGUAUGAGGCUUUAGAAAGGAAGGUUUGGUGGUGAGGGUUGGUCUGUAUGCAUUUCACUUUUGGAAGCAGAGAGGAAGUUGCAUCAACUUCCAGGAUGCUGCAGAGCUCACUUGCACAGGUGGUGCUCCGAUCUGUGGUAAUUUGGGUUCAGAUCUAGAGAGGGAUUUUACAAAAUCAGGUUUUGUACCAGUCAUGAGCGUGAAGUGAAUGGCUGUGCUUGGUUUCCAGCUGCAUAUAUGUGUACACAGACAUAUAUCUACGUGUGAGUAAUUAGUCAAGGUUGCUGGCAGUACCUAAUGCGUAUGCACCACAGAACGCAUGAGGGCAAAAGUCAUAUCUUAGGAAUCAUGGAUUUGGGUUUAUGUAGUCAGUAUUUUUAAACAGGAUGUCUGAAGCACUUUCUGGAGUUCUAUGUAAUGCAGCGGCAGCUGUUCUGAUGAAGGAAGACGUGUUUGAGGAGCACGUAAGCAGGUUGCUGGUCUAGCAGAGAGGUUUCGGUGACCAUGAAAAAGGUUUUGUGUCCUGGAUCUGCGCGCGCUGCUGCUGAGCUGCAAUCUGUGACAGGGCACAACCAGGCUGGAAGGGAAACCCGGCUGUCCCGUGCCCGAGCACAGCUCUGACUCGGUAGUUCUACCAGGUGGGCCCUUUAGUCAAGGAGUUCUGAUCUCUUGGAGCUUUCUGUGGUUCAAGAUAACACUCAUUUUACAGCUUGCUCGCUUAGUGUCUGUUAGUGGUGCUGAGUUGGACUUGGGAGAGCGGUGUGUGUGGUAGGAACAAGCGGAGUCAGAUGCACUUCUAUAACCAGGGCUUAGCUGGAGUGAUUGACAGAUAGAAAAUGCAGCUAGUUCCUUUAAAGAAAGCAGAUCGUGGAUGGACAGCCAACCACUGCCCUGACUUUGGUGGGAACUGCACUGCAGAAGGACCAGACCCCAGUGAGCUGUGGAACAUUUGUUUAGAAGAUAAGCACAGAUGUUUUUGCACAGGGCAGCUCCUAAUAACAGUGGUUUUGUAGGUUUAGUCCAAAUGUUCUUAUUUAGAUCUAGCAGCACAACACUGUGUCCGUGCCCAUCUAACCUCGCUAUCCUAAGAACAGACCAUAAACAUCCCUGUUCAAAAGCUACCAUUGCAAAUAACUGAACUAAAUAUUUGUUACUGCUGACUGAGAACAGCUGUUUGACGAGUAUAGCGCUGUGGCUUGUCAAUGUGAGUGCCCCAACUCCAUGGUCGUAUUAAAAAAAAAAAAACACAACCCAUUGCUCAGAUUUCGUUCUUAUUGUCAUCAGUAAGACUUGAAUAGUGAUGGUGAUGCUUAUGUAGACGUGUCUUGUUAGUGCACUUCAGUGAUUUAGGAAGAACUGGAUUUCAGGCAACUUUGGACCUGUGGGGGGAGGGAGAUUAAUGAAGGUUUGAAUCACGUUCUAAUCCUGUGUGUGCUCCUUCAUUACUCCACAAGCCUCAAUACUGCACCGCCUCCAGGAUAGCUGGAAACUGUUGAGAUCUGGACUUUUUUUUUUUUUAAUUCAAGGGCUAAUUUGUUGUAACUUGGUAUAAUUAUCUGCUCUCAGUAAUGCAUCUCUGUUGGUUUGAAUUGAAGUAAAUUAUUUUGCUUCUUAAAUAACUUUUUUAAAGAAUAAACUCUGUGAAUUC